AGUCGACCCACAUAGUUUGUGGAACGAUAGAAAAUGGUAGCCGAAUUAAUGUUCGUGUUCGCAGUUUGUGCAUGUCCUGCUUUAAUGGAAGGAUCUAGGAUUCUCAUUUCUUCUCCUUAUGGAACUAAAAGCUACCACAACAUGUACGUACCGCUUGUUACAGAAUUGUCCCGUCGAGGCCAUCACAUCACCGUCAUCACUAAUUACAAGAGUUCUGAACUGGAAAACACAGAAAAUGUCCGUCAGAUCGUCAUGGACAAAUUAGUUGUCGACAUGUCUCCUUAUCCCAACCCAUUCGACGCGUUACUUUCGCCUACACUCAUGUUAAAAUCUAUGUCUAUUGGCACAGCAAUUAUUUACAACCUACCGAGAAUCAUCACGGAGACAAUCUACGAUGAUGAAAGAAUCAAACAAUUAUUGGCUGAAGAUCAUUUCGACCUUGUCAUGAUUUCCAUCACAUUUAAUGCUGGCAGUUACCCGUUAGCUUGGCAUUUUAAAGCACCUAUUAUCAUGCUAACCCCAAAUGCUAUAUUUCCAGGUGUCAUCGAGUCUUUGGGUGGCGAGGAAGAGCCCAGUCACAUCCCGUUUUUCUUGUCCAGGUUCACCAACAAGAUGAAUUUGUUACAGAGAACGGCCAACACUCUUGCUACGAAACUGUUUGGCUAUUUUAUUCAUCAGUUUCAUCAUUCCACAAUCCAUUCAAUCGUCAAAGAGCGAGCGAUGCCGAAUAUUCCGCCGUUAGAAGAACUGGAGAAAAACAUUUCAUUGGUUUUUACCAAUACGCAUCCCGUUGUCAAUUACGCUCGUACGACGCCUCCUCAAAUUGUUGAAGUGGGUGGAAUUCAUUGCCGACCUGCUCAACCACUUUCACAGGAUCUAGAGGAAUUUGUUUCCAAUCCGUUUGGUUUCGUUUUGUUUGCCGUGGGCAGUAUGCUUCCAAUGGAAAUUAUGCCUGAACAUCUGAUCCAAUCUUUCAUCCACGCUUUCUCACGUUUACCUCAACGAGUUAUCUGGCAAUGGAAGGGUAAAAUAAGGACAGAUUUACCAGCAAAUGUUUUAGCCAUUCCGUGGUUACCUCAACAAGACCUUCUCGGACACGAAAAUUGUAGGCUCUUUAUUACGCACGGAGGCCUGAAUAGUUUACAAGAAGCUAUUUAUCACGAUGUUCCCGUACUAGGAUUACCAUUCGGGACUGAUCAGAAAUUGAACGUAAAUCGAGCCGUCAGCGAUGGCUACGCACUCCAACUAUCGUGGACUGAAAUUAAUGAAGAAACACUGACCUCUGCAAUAAUGGAUUUAUUAUACAAUAAGAAUUAUUCGGAGACCAUGCGGAGACAACACGAACUGUUUCACGAUCAAGUGCAGACACCUGUUGAGAGAGCCGUUUAUUGGACGGAAUUCGUAAUGCGUUACAACGGGACCGAACAUCUGCAAUUGGCUUCGCGCAAUUUGGCACCUUAUCAACGAGCGUUAAUCGAUGUCUACCUCGUUCUGAUCUUGGCAGCCACUUUCCCACUAGUCUUGACAUUUUUCUGCCUCAGGAGAUGUUUUCGACGUAAGCCGAGCAAAGAGAAUAAGAAGAAUGAAUAACUAUGUGUAACUAUGCAACCUCAAUAAGGUAUGAAUAUUUUAACGUAUUAUUCUACAGGGCACGAAAAACAAUUUUUGAAAUGAAAAUUCAUGGUUUAUUCUGAUAAAGUUACACUUUUAUCGCUCUGA